AACCUAAAUUGCAAUUGUAAGCUUUCUUCAAUCUAGCGUAUGAUGCUCGCGUUCACCCAGCUGUACUAAGCACUAGUUAAAAUAAACAGCCUAUCUCGCAAAUCUUGUCGUCUUCUCUUACUCUAUGCUUGUGGUCUACUUAUAGUUAACAAGCCCGCCGUUUGUUAUCGCGAAUGCCACUUGUGUACUGUACACGAGGGAUCUCCUGGACCUAACCUGUCACCAAGAAGCAGCGGCCUGAGAGUAUUUUUCCGAAUCGGAGCGAAGGUCACGUGCUCUGCAAAGGGUUAAGUAGCGGUCACGGAGAGCAGCGGAAGUAUAAAAGCGCGCCGGGCCCCUCAGUAGUCACUCAUUGGUCUCCAGGUAGCAGUAGGAAGCACCAGACACCCUGUCAGCAAACAUGAAGUCCUUUGUGGUGUUCGCCGCCGUGUUGGCCGUUGCCGCCGCUGGUUCCCGCCCCCUCCUCAUGUCCAACGAGCGCCUGAUGCUGGCCGAGAGGCCCGAGCUCGCGAAGCAAGUCUUGACCAAGGAGGGCGGCGCCCAGAUCGUUGACAUGGCCUUCGACAUGGACGAGCCCGGCCGCUACCUGUACCACUUCAAGACCAACAACGGCAUCGCCAAGAUGGAGCAGGCCGCCCUGGAGAAGGACGCCGGCAAGGUGCAGGGCUCCUACGAGUGGACCAGCCCCGAGGGCCAGAACUUCAAGCUGGAGUACGUCGCCGACGAGCUCGGCUUCCACCCCGUGGCCGCUCACCUGCCCGUCGCCCCCGCCGCCCCCGAGAUUCCCGUCGCCAUCCAGCGCUCUCUGGAGUGGAACGCCGCCCACCCCGAGGAGGACGACUCUCAGAUGUACGAGCAGUCCCAGUCCCAGAUGUACGCCCAGCCCCAGUCCCAGAUGUACGUCAGCAAGAAGAUCAUGUACUAAUCGCUAUUAUUCCGUUUUCCCCAUGAGUCUCUCUUAUCUGCUAUAAUAAUAAAUUUAUUUAUGUAUACGCAAA